GCUCAGUACACGGCACUAUGACGACAAUAGCGCGCUUCCGCUAUCUUCUUCUGUUCGUAUCCGCCGCCCUCUUCGCUAGAAUCGACACUGUAUCUGCGGCAGCAGAAACCACGCUAUCAAAAUCUGCAUUCCAUCUCUCAACCCAGUCACUCACAGCAGAAGCCAACGCUGCCUCCGUCUUCAGAGCUCUGAGAGCUCUGAGGACAGACGCUGUCAGCGAAGGAGACGAAGAGAGAGCGAUCAACAUCAAGUCGAUCCCUGGCCUCGAGUCACUCAAGAAAAUUCCAGGCCUCGACAACCUCAAGAAGGUCUCGAACCUAUUCAAGACAAAAAAUACACCUGGGACGUAUCUGAAAUGGGCCAAGAAAGGGAAAUCCCCGGACUACGUCUUUUUAAAGCUUAAACUCGACAAGACCGGAUACAAACUUUUCCAGAGCGCGGAUUUCAACGUGUGGGUCGCUUACACGCGCAUGGUAUCGAAAACUGACGCGGAUCGUGCAAUCUUCACCUCCUUGUUGGCACGGUAUGGCGAUGUAAAACUGAUGCGGAUGGCUGAGGCAGCAACGAAGGUUGACGGUACGAAGGAAAUCGCGACCAAGUUACAGAAAAUUCAGCUGGACGACUGGAAAUAUCUAGGAACGUCCUCGGACGAUGUCUUCAGAAUGAUGAAGCUUGAUGACAAGGCAGACGACCUGCUGACCAACCCGAACUUUAAUACAUGGGCCAAAUACCUGGAAGCGACGAAGGAAAGCACGGGAGUGAGCACGCCUAUGAUUAACACAUUGAGGACUCAUUUUGCGGAUGCAGACUUGCUAAAAGCGUUCAAGGCAGCUCAAGCGAACCCAGAGACGAAGCAGCUGGGUUUGAACUUGGAGGCUUCACUCAACAACAUUUACCGCCUUCGGCGCAUGAAGAAUGGUCAGCGACGAAAGCCAGUGGCUACCUAAAGAUGGGAUUAUUGUAGAGGUCGAAUCUACAAGAAUACAACAUCUCGACUUGUGGAAAAUAGUUUCAGUAUUUUGCCGAAUUCGUGUCAGUUUGAAAUGUACGAAAGUCCGUCACGCUCCACUCUACAGUGUUGUAUGCUCAUCGUUUGCGGGGAAUGUAAUCUACUGUUCUAUGCUUACAGUAUUCGAUUGUAUUAUACAUUC